AUCUCCCCAUACACCACCAGCAGUACUCGCAGUUGACUGACAGCUGGACCGCCCCCGCAUCUCCGAACACAUCAUCUACCCCCAUAGACAGCCCGCAGCUGCACCCCAACACCACACAAUGGCCGAGUCAGCGUCCCCAAUUGGCAUUGCCAAUUUGCCCAACCAGAGGCACAAGAUUGUCGCGAAGCGCGGUGCUGCCUUCACGAUUAUGGUUGCUGGCGAGUCUGGCCUCGGAAAGACGACUUUCAUCAACACGCUCUUCUCCACUACCAUUAAGAACUAUGCCGACCACAAGCGACGACACCACAAGCAGAUGGACAAGACAGUCGAGAUCGAAAUCACAAAGGCUGAGCUCGAGGAGAAGUUCUUCAAGGUACGCCUCACCGUCAUCGACACUCCUGGCUUCGGCGACUACGUCAACAACCGCGACUCGUGGCAGCCCAUUAUCGAGUUUCUCGACGACCAGCACGAGUCGUACAUGUUGCAGGAGCAGCAGCCGCGCCGCACCGAUAAGAUCGAUCUUCGUGUCCACGCCUGCCUGUACUUCAUCCGACCUACCGGCCAUACCCUUAAGCCGCUCGACAUUGAGGUCAUGAAGAAGCUGUGCACCCGCGUCAACUUGAUCCCCGUCGUCGCCAAGGCCGAUACGCUGAGCCCCCAAGAUCUUGCCAAGUUCAAGCUGAGGGUACGCCAGGUCAUUGACGCCCAGGGCAUCAAGAUUUACACGCCCCCACUCGAAGACGACGAUGCAGCCGCUAUGCAGCACGCCCAUGGCCUCAUCGACGCUAUGCCCUUCUCUGUCAUUGGCUCCGAGAAGGACGUUCAGACCAAUGACGGCCGCACUGUCAAGGGCCGCCAAUACGCUUGGGGUGUUGCGGAGGUCGAGAACGAGGAGCACUGCGACUUCAAGAAGCUGCGUGCCAUUCUCAUCCGCACCCACAUGCUGGAUCUGAUCCACACGACCGAGGAAAAUCACUACGAGGCCUACCGCGCACAGCAGAUGGAGACUCGCAAAUUUGGCGAGGCACGUCCCAGGAAGCUGGACAACCCCAAGUUCAAGGAGGAGGAGGAGGCGCUGCGCAAGCGCUUUACCGAGCAGGUCAAGGUGGAGGAGCAGAGGUUUAGGCAGUGGGAGCAGAAGCUUAUUGCUGAACGUGAUAGGCUUAACAAGGACCUCGAAGGUAGCCAUGCUGAGAUCAAGAGGCUUGAGACCGAGGUCGAUUCGCUCCAGGGCAGCAUCAACCGCUCGCAUGGCCGCCGCUAAGCACUACACCGAGCGUAAAUCGUGUGAUGCGUAUGGUUACGGUCCGCUAGUAGCGAGGAGUUAACAUUCUUCCUUCAAAGAUUCCCCUUCUUUUCAACUUUCCGUAUGUUUGUAAUGCCGCUUCGCGAGGUCUGUGGUUGUGGGUACUGUGAGCUUGGGUUGGACAGGAUACUAUAGCUUAUAGUUCUGUUACUUGGUAGAUUAAUCUAGUUUGAUCGCGGCUGGUCGCAAAGUCUUCGUCUAGCACAACGUUAUGCUAUGCCGUGAUCCCCCAGAAGCAUCAAGCUCUGCGCCAAAUAUAACACCUGAACUCCAAAAACAUGCAAACUGGGAAAGAUAUUAGCAAGGCCCCAUGCUAGACCUUCAGCCCCCCAAACACGCGGUCUAACUCUUCACCCUGCUGAUCCUCCUUCCUCUCCACCGGUGGUCUUGUAUCCAUCAGGUCUGGCUGUGAUUGCGCUGCAGCUCCCGCCUCCUCCGUAUUAUCCGGCCG